AUGGGAAGAAAGCUGCGACACGUGCUGAUUUUCCUUCUCAUCAUCCUGAAGGAGCCCAACAUGCCAGACGCUGACUGCAUGUGUACACCACCACCACACUGCCGCUGCUAUGGCCUCAACAGCAUCCCACAGAACCUCCCAAAAUCCGUCUAUCUGUGUUGGUUGUGCCUGUUGGGCAACCAGAUAACAAUGAUUAGGAGUGGUACGUUUGUAAAUCUUACCAAGCUAGAAAUGGUGAAUCUGGGUGUGAACAAUCUAACAAUGAUUCAACCCGGUGCAUUUGCAAAUGUUCCCCGCCUAAAUCGGUUGGAGCUUUUCCAUAACCAGAUAACAAAGAUUGAAGCUGGCACAAUGGCAAAUCUACCCGGGUUGCGCACUUUGCAUCUGUACGGAAACCAGAUAACAAAGAUUCAACCUGGUAUAUUUGCAAACCUACGCAAACUACAAAAGUUACAUCUGGCUCUAAACCAGAUAACAAUGAUACAGCCUGGUUCAUUUGAAAGUCUACCCCAGCUAGAAUGCUUACGUCUGGACAAUAACCAGAUAACAAUGAUACAGGCUGGAUCACUUUCAAAUCUCCCGCAGCUACAACACUUAAGCCUACAAAAAAACCAAAUAACGAAAAUUCAGGCUGGUUCAUUUGUCAACCUACCACGACUACAAUUUUUGGAACUGGGCGAAAACCAAAUAACAAAAAUUCAGGCCGGUUCAUUUGCGAACCUACCCCUAUUCCAACGUUUGGAACUCCAGAACAAUAAGAUGUCUGCCAUUCCCCUGUCAGCUCUCCGCUCGUUCCUAUCUAUCAUUACCAUAGAACUAGAUGGGAACCCCUGGCAUUGUGACUGUAAGAUGACUCCCUUCAGGCUAAACCCCGCAUUGAAAGACCAGAUAAUAUGUGCCCAACCGGCCAAAGUUCAGGGACAGAACCUUACAGAUGUCAAUCCAGAAGAAUUAACUUGUGAAGAGCCAACCGACACCUCUCACUAUCACUGUGUGACAGUUUUCCCUCUGGAUCACAAGUAG